AUGUCAGAGGGAGUCUAUGAAAUGCCAGAUGGAUUUGAUUACGAUGAGCCUGAUGCAAUGAAGAACACAGACAUUGAUGGCCAAGUAUAUGCCAAUGUAAGAGACUUCAAGCCCAGCCCAGGAGAUGGAGUUGUUGCUUCAGUACAUGUCCAGUGGUGGAAGAGACCCUCUGGAGUUGCUGCAGUGUGUCUGGGGCUGCUGUGUGUCCUUCUACUGGCUGGGAUCAUAGGCCUGUCUGUCUACUGUAAGUCUUACCUACAGACCAGCUACAACAACCUGACUAAAGAGAGAGACCAGCUACAGACCAGUUACAACACCCUGACUAAAGAGAGAGACCAGCUACAGACCAAGAGAGACCAGCUACAGACUGAGAGAGAGUUUCUUAACUGGAGGCUUAUCAAUCUCAGAAAUUCGUAUGUUCAUCAAUAUUUUCAAACCUGUCCUGAAGGCUGGCAGAAGUUUGAAUCUAGUUGGUACUUCCUGUCUACUGAGACUAAAACCUGGAAGGAGAGCAGAGAGGCCUGUCUGGAGAGAGGAGCAGACCUGGUGAUCAUAAACAGCAGAGAGGAACAGACAUUUCUCUUCAACCUCAAGAAGAGAGUCUGGAUUGGUCUGACUGACUCUGUUAAGGAGGGGACCUGGAAAUGGGUGGACGGCACCCCACUGACCACUAGGUACUGGUAUGACCCACAGCCUGAUAAUGCAGGUCCUACUGGGGAUGAGGACUGUGCUGAGAUACGUAAAGAUCAGAGUCCUCUAAAGGCAUGGAAUGACUUGUCAUGUGACAGCAAACUCAACUGGAUUUGUGAGAAAGUGUUUUAA